GUUUUGGAAUCUUGUUGACGGAAGAGUUCUCCAACUGAUCACUAUCAAAGAUAUUGCGCUGCUUUAAAAUCUGCAAUGGCUUUUCAACUUCUUAACAAAUCGGCUAAAACUAGGCUGGUAGUUUUACUAAUCAUGGCAUCUUUAAUUUUGGCGGAGCAACCACCCGGAAUUUCAAUUUUUCCGCAUCCACUUUCUAAGCACUCGUUUACUGAAAUUAGUAAAUGUGAAGGUGUUUAUGACAUGAAUAUUUAUGCCCAAUUUAAUCAAAUAUGUUUGAACUGCUACAACCUUUAUCGACAACCGGAAAUUUAUCGCGGGUGCCGAAAGGAUUGCUUUACUUCCGAAUAUUUUGGAGGUUGCUUGGCUGUUCUACAAAUAACUGAUAAAAAAGACAAAAUCUUGGAAGAUUUAUCCAUUAUUCACCGACAAAUGGAAUCACCCAAGGAAAGAAUCAUAAUUGAAAACCCAGACUGCAUUAUGCUUAGAGUUACAGUUAGCUUACAGGCACUAGGAUUCCAUGUAGUUUACCGUGUAAACCAAGUGAUUUCUCAGUAUUACCGUGUCGUUAACGUUUUCCCCGGGCAAGUUUGGUGUUGUAUUCUGAUUGUAUCACAGAGUCAAAUAUAUUACAAAUGCUAUUUCCAUUGUGCAGCAUACUAAAAAAA